CUUCGAUGCAGAUUCGGGGCUUUGAAAAGAACUUUCUUGGAGGCUUCGACCUUCUCCUCUCAUGCCCAUACCGCCUCCGGCGCCCCCAGUGUGCACUCAACCUCAGGGGAAACUGCACUUCUUCAUCUCGCUUUUUUUCGUCGCUCCUUUUCUCCCAGCCGCUAUCCUUUUCUUGGAACCUCUCCGCUCGUCGGUUUUCUGUGUCUGCCAUUCUUAUCCGCCGAACUGGUAAAUUCAAACUUGAAGACUCGCAGGGGCUCUGGACGACCAGCGAGCCUCUGUCUCCCGUCUCGCCUGUCUCGUCCACACGAGACUCCUCUGGCCUCUGCGUCCUCUCUGUCUGCUUCUCUCCUUCUUUGUCUGUUUCGUUCGUUGUUUCUCUCUGUCUUUUUUCUUCCUCUGUCAGUCCCUCCCUGUCUUGGUCCUCUCCUUCGCUGAUACUGGCCAUGUACAUCCGUAAAGUACUUUCUUCCUUUUUCCCUGUGUGUCUUCGCCUCGGCCUGCUGGGCCUUUCUUCUCAGCUUCUCUUCCUUCUUUGACCAACUUCGCUUUCCUCCUUGACUUGCUUCUCUUCCCCCUUUGAUCUGCUUUCCGUCCCUCUCCCGCAUCGCUUCUGGGCGAAGAGAAAGAAGGUUCGCGAUCUGUCUCUUUCGGAUGGCGGGGAGACUUCCAGUCGCGCGGCGAGGGGGACGGAGGCGGCGAGGCGGUGCCUUCGUCGUGCUGUCUCUCCUUUGCUGCUUUGUGGGGAGAUACGUGUCUCUCUCCCAGGAGGGAAAGCCGCACCCGGGGCCUCUCUGCGUCGAGGCUCUCGCGGUGCGAGUGGGGACGCCCUCUCGAACUUCCAUUUCCGUCGAACGUCUUUCAGGCCCCGGUGCGUCUGCCUCCGUCUGUGUCUCUCUCUCGUCUCUGCCGCAGUCCUCUGCUCUGCUUCCCCCCUCGGAGGCCUCGUUGCGCGCGUCAAGUCUUCCUUCUUCGAAUGUCACUGCUUCUCGCGGUGCCUCUGGCGGGUCUCCCUCUGCUCUCAACUCAGAAAACGGUUCUUCGUGUGACUGCUCUUCGCCUUCUUUCGCCUGCACUCCCUCGCGUUGCCCUUCUCUUGCUUCGUCGCCUGCCGGGUCUUCGUCUCCAGCGACUGCAUUUCUGAGUCCUGGACUGAAGCGGACGUCUCACAACUCGGCGUCUCCUCAUUUCUCUCCUGGCGGAGACAGACACACCCUCGGAGUCUCCUCUCUGUCUCCUCACGUAUCUUCUGCUCCGUCUCCUCGCGCAGCUUCUUCUCUGCCUGGGUCUGCCGGUUGCUGUCCUGCCUCUUCCUGCGCCGACGCGGCUUCCAAGUCUCGCCCAGAACCAGACACGCGCCGCAGCUCUUUGCCCUUUCCUCUCGCACUCGGAUCUGAUGAGAGGUCGUCCUCCUCUCUUCCUGCCUUUGCGCGUUCGCCGGAUAACGCGCACCGCGACUGGGGGAAGACGGGCAACUCGCUCUUUGAAGAAGGCGAAGACUUCCAGAGUUUUCCCGACAUGGCGGCUCGCGACACCGAGGACUCCGGCGUAAACGACCUGGCGCCGUCGCCCCUCUUCUCGUCGGGUGUACGUACACCUGAGGACGCGUCUUUCGCAUCGCGCACAGCCGGCAGAUUUCGCCGACAAGCGCGCCGUAUGCCGCGGGCGUCGGCUCUGCAGAGUGGAGACGAGGCGUUGAGACCGGGGCCUCUCCUUUCGGCGCAUGGCUGGCCUCGCUCUCGCGAGCUUCGCGGCAGGCUGCCUCUUCCUCGCGCGCGAGGGUGGACGGGCAGAGAAGAAGUGAGAGGAAGCAGAGGCUUUGACAGAAGCGCCGCCAGCUCGUUGGGCUCCGCACAUGCACGCGAGACAGGAGAGAACGCCUCGGUUCCCGUCGUCGGGCGCCCCCGCCCUAGGCUGAUUGACGGCCCCGAGUCCGGAGCCUCGCUUUCGGGUGGAACUACACCCGAGGAUUCCGACAUUGAAGCUGGAAGUCCGGCGGCCUCCGACGUCGAGGGAGAGCCGCCUCUCGCCUUUUUCGGCGCUUCGCGAGGGCGCGAAGGCCUCAACGACGAGUUUUCUUUGCCUUCGAAAGACACCGGAAACGUCGCCUCCGGCAGAGGUGGCGACUGGCACCGGAGAGACCGAGACGACUUCUCGUCUGCGGGCUUUCUGCCGCAUGCGCGUGAGCCGCGUCGCCGUGGCGUCGGCGCGCGGCCUCCCGGGGAUCGCCGAAGACUGGAGGUGGAAAAUCCGCCAUCGCGAGAGCGCCGGGACGCCCCGCUGGACCCCUCGGAGGCCGCCGAGUGGAUGGACACUCGCGCAGUUUCUCGGCCGUCCUACGGAAUGUUUUCGGACUUUUGGCGCUCGCCGAGAGCCCGGCCGAGCCGCGGUCGCGACGCCCUGCGAGGCGCAGCUUCCAGGCCGCGGACCCUGCAUGGCCACGGUCCCCACGAGGUGUCUGUACACCUGGGAGACGAGGUGUUGGAAGACGAGGGCGGAUUUGUGACUGCUGUCGACGCAGCGGAAGACUGGCAGGAGGCGAGGCGGAGUCGGGGAGACUCGGCGAGUUGGGCGUUCCGGCGUGAGCCUGUCGAGGAUAUUCCGGCCGUCGACCGCAGAGGCGAGUCAAGUCUGUUCUUCCCAGAGGUGUCUCCUGGCGAGGCCGUUUUUCCGUUCGCGACUCGCGGUUCGCUCGGCCUCUUCUCGAAGUGGGGACGCGCCUCUGGGCGCCGCGGAAAGGGUGCGAAACUCGCGUCGCUUUUCCAGAGGCCGCAAUUCUUUCCGAGGCGCCAGGCCCGCGGCUGGUCUCACAGGCGCUGGGGUGCCUUGCCCUUCGCCGCGGGGGUCAUCGACGGCGAAAGGCGGUUCGUAGAGACAGACGCGCUGAGACAGGAGGUCGACGACCGGCGCUUCUUCCCCGUCCGCAUCCCCCCGCUCGUGCGCUCGAUGGACGUCGGUUUGUUGCUCUACGAGCGCCGCGACGAAGAAGAAAGUGAAGACGAGAAAAAAGGAGAUCCUAAAAUAUCCGAGAGCGACGGCAGGGACGGGAACAGACACCCCUCACUCGCGCGGCAACUGAGACAGGAGAUGGACACCCAACUGGACCUCUCACUGGACGACGCUGCUCUCGGAGAUCUCAUCGACGAGUCCAUGCGACGACGACUGCUCCUCGAGGAAGCGACGCAAGAAGAUUUCGAAAACGCCUCCGCGCUCUCAUCGCACAACGAAGGCACCGCCUCGCCUCCAGGUCAGGAGGAGAGAGACGAGAGAGCGUCGCGAAGCGCACCCCACAUGGACAGAGAGCUUCCCAGCGAGGAGAAGGAGGCAUCUGGAGAUACCUUGACGGAGAUACCUUCCGGCGAAAAAGAGGACACAACGAGGGAUGCAACGAAAGGCUCUACGGGUGUGAACGAGAGAGACUCGCACGCGGCUAAGACCGGCUCUCAGUGGUUCUCCUUCCAAGCAGUGUACAAAGAGGCUGUCGAGAAGUACAGGAACGAUCCGCGGCUGCCGCAGGUGCAUGCACAGGCGGAACAAAUUCAGCGAGCUCUGGCCUCGAGAAUCAAACGAAAGAUCUCCCUCGACGCAGCGCUUCGCCGGCACAACCUCCCCCUCAAUUCCUUCUCGUGGAUGGCGCGAGCGUUCGUCUACUUCAAUCGUUUCCAGCUGCGGAACGUCCUCUUCACCCUAUGGAAGGAUCACGUACUUCACCGCUUUUAUCGCCUUCCGCGGCGCGUCGCAGGUGCAGGAAGCCUGCCCCAAGUCGCCUCUUUCGAAGAAGAGAGGGAACCGGACAAUCGCAAAUCCCCGUCCGUCUCGCCUGUCGGGACGGCAAACGAAACAGAGGCAGAAGCCGAAGAAGACACGAGAGAGAAAGGUGAUCUUGGGGCGGCGACCGACAGCGCAGCGAGACGAGACAACGGAGAAGCAAGCGGAGAGAUGGCAGCCGGAGGCAGAGAAGACGACGCGGACUUUGUUGGAAUCGAAGACGACUGGCGGCUGUACGUACAGCGCGUGUACGGCAUCGACCUCGCACAACACCCGACUCUCGCGCUGCCCUUGUUGGUGGCGAAGCAUGUAUUCUUCACACAGAGGUACAUCUCGUUCGUGACCCAGCACCCCGUCUACAGAUUCCGUUUCCUCUCGCACAAGCGGUGGCUAGCUGAGCAGAUGCGCCAGGAGGUGAGCGACGUCGAGGGAGCUCUGGCGCGCGGCGACAGCCCCACUCAGUCCGCAGGUGUACGUACACCCGAGCCACCCGUGACAGAAGGCCUCGAGCAGGAAGGUGAGAAGAGAGGGGAGGAGAGUGCAGCAGUUGCAGAGAGAGAAGAGGAGCAACGAGAUGUUCUUCUCCUUCGGGGAGAUCCAGAGAGAGAGACGCCAGACGGAGAAGAAGAGAAAGCGGAACAGGCGACGAAAGAGGAAGAACACGGGGAAACAGUUUCCUCAAGUGAUAGUUUGGAAGACAGAACAACUUCCGGGCCAGACACAUCUGACGAGAUGCAUGUUUCUGUCUUCUUGCCAAAGAAAUCCACUGACAGUAACCAGAAUGGUAGUGUUUAUGAAUCCCUCUCUUACACCUCUUCUCUCUCUUCUUCUGAAGCUUCCUCGGAAGCUUCUUCUCUGUCUUCUUCUGAGUCUUCCUCUGAGCCUUCUUCUGAGUCUUCCUCUGAGCCUUCUUCUGAGUCUUCCUCUGAGGCUUCUUCUGAAGCUUCUUCUCGUUCCUCUUUUGAAGCUUCUUCUCUGUCUUCUGUCUCUGUAGAAGCGCCAGCUACGGAGGAAGGAGGAAAGAGCGUUGGGGGAGGGACUGAAGAGUUGGAGAUCAAGGGAAGGCGCAAGCGAGGGGCGAAGAAAGGAUUUGUGUCUUCAGCUGAAGCGUCGAGCGGUGGCGACAAAGAGAAGGAAAAAGUCAACGCAGACGCUGCGCGAGUGAACAACCGAGAGGCGUCAGAGAGUGCAGAGACUGAAGGACAGGACGGUACUGAGGAGGGAAAAACCGAAGAAACCAGAGGCGACAGACAGAACGCGGAGACACAGGCAGAGUCGCUUGGGGUGUACGGGGACAUGAGCUGGCAAGCCGAGUAGAGAGCAAAACGAAGGGCCAGUGAUUAGGCCCUGUGUGCUGAACUGUCAAGGCAGUCUUUCUUUGGGAUUCUCCGGUUCAGAUUCAGGCUUUCUUCUGUAUCCUGUUUCUGCUGUUCUGCACCUUCCUGCUUGCCUAUUUUCUCUCCUCGGGACUGCCGUCCUUCGCUCUCCAGUCGCCAGUGUGCCAAAGCCACAGGACCUCGUUGGCCGUUUAGAGAACCACCCAAACAGAACUGCAUGCGCUUGUCAAAUCGCCUCGCAAAGAAACCGUGGGACGUGUCUUCGCACUCAGAACGAAUCCAGAGAGUCGAGC